AUGCCAAUAUCAACUGAUACUUGUCCAUUAUGUAUCAAUUCAACCGAGGACGAAGAAGAAUAUUCAUGGAUUCAAUGUUCUCAUUGUAAACAAUGGUAUCAUACAUCAUGUCUUAAAAUCCCUGAAUUUGAAGUGAAUACUAUUGUCACUUAUCAUUGUCCUAAUUGUACUUCAAGCCAUGGUCCCUCUACUUAUAAAAGAAAAUCAAAACGAGCUAAAAUAUCUAUUGAUUAUCAAGCAUUAAAUGAUGGUGAAGCAUAUGCAGUUGAUAAAUCAAAUCAUUUUCAAUUAAAUAAUUUUUUGAAUUUUAAAGGUACUCCAAAUAUUAGCAUCAUUAAUGAAUUAACUAAAGAUUAUGUUUUAGAAUCUAAAAUGAUAAAACCGAUUCUUAUACCUCAAGCAGAUUUAGAUAAAAAUGGUAUGAAAUUCCCAAUAUCAAAGAAUAAGAUCACCGUGGAUUAUGUAACUGAAUGUUGUGGAGAAGAUACCCCACUUGAAGUAAUGGAUGUCAUCUCACAACAAGGAGUAUCACCACCAUGGAGAUUAAAACAAUGGAGAGAUUAUUUUAAUACUGAAGAACAAUCACGAGAUAGAAUACGAAAUGUUAUAUCAUUGGAAAUCUCCAAUGUAUCUAAAUUAGGAAUUGAAUUCAAAAGACCAACUUGUGUGGAACAAUUAGAUUUAGUAGAUAAGAUAUGGGAUCCAUUAGAUGAACAACCAAGAAGUAAAGUUACUAAAUAUUGUUUAAUGUCAGUGAAAAAUUCAUUUACUGAUUUUCAUAUAGAUUUUGGUGGUACUUCAGUGUAUUAUACUAUUUGUCGAGGUGCUAAAACAUUUCUAAUGUUCCCACCUACAGAAAGUAAUCUUCAGAUCUAUGAAUCAUGGUGUCUUGAACCUAAACAGAAUUUCAUAUGGUAUCCUGAUCAUCUGAUUACCAAGAAUAAAAAAAAGAUAUAUCCAACAGAAGGAUUCAAAGUAACUCUUCAACCAGGUGAUUUGUUUAUUAUACCAAGUGGUUGGAUUCAUGCAGUGCAUACUCCACAGGAUUCAGUUGUUAUUGGAGGAAAUUAUUUGACUUUACGAGAUAUGAAAAUGCAAUUAAGAAUAAAUACAGUGGAGAAAUUAACUAAAGUUCCUUCAAAGUUUCGAUUUCCAAUGUUUAACAAAGUAUUAUGGUUAUCGGCAUGGUAUUAUUAUAAUCAUCAAGAUGAGUAUUUGGAAGAUAUUGGGAAAAAUGAAGAUGCAAAUGGUAUACUAGAUUCAUUGAUUGAACAUUUAAAGAAGCAUCUAGAAUUGAGUAAAACCAAUUCGACUGCUAAAAGAAGCAUACCUUCGAUAAUUGGUAAACCUGUUAUCUUUCUUGAGAACCUAAAAACGUGGAAAGACAAACUACAUAGUUGUUAA